AGCAGGCAGAGGCGCUUGGAGGGACCUCACUGGCCCAGGACAAGCCUUCCUGCCAGGAGGGGCGGGUGGAGGCCCAGUACCAGGCAGCCUCUGCUCCGCAGCUCCGAGGGGGUGGGGAGCCGGAGCCCAGGCGACCGGGUCAGUAGCCCUUUUGUGUAAGUGCCUGGCAGGGAUGACUCGGGGCUGUUCCCGCCCUCCCGGGUCCUCCCCUCAGGCCUUGUCCGAGGAAGGGGACACGCACCCUCUGCGGGGGCUCUCUGUCCCCAGGCGCAGCGGAGAUGGCUAGUCCCUCGGGCUCCCCUCCGCCCAGCUGCCUUCCCUCCCUCCUCCUCCUCCUCCUCCUCCUCCAGCUGUCUUGCAGCCACGCAGGACAGUUCAGGGUCAUAGGGCCCGGCCACCCCAUUCGGGCGCUGGUGGGCGACGAAGCAGAGCUUCCGUGCCGCAUACACCCCGGGAAGAACGCCACCGGCAUGGAGGUGGGCUGGUACCGGCCCCCCUUCUCCAGGGUGGUCCACCUCUACCGCAACGGCCGGGACCAGGACGCGGAGCAGGCGCCCGAGUACCGCGGGCGCACGGAGCUGCUGCGGGACCGCAUGGCCGAGGGCAGGGUGACCCUCAGGGUCCACAACGUCAGGUUCUCAGACGAAGGAGGCUUCACCUGCUUCUUCCGGGACCACUCCUACCAGGAGGAGGCUGCGAUGGAGCUCAAAGUGGAAGAUCCCUUCUACUGGAUCAACCCCGGGGUGCUGGUCCUGAUGGCCGUCCUGCCCGUGCUCCUCCUGCAGAUCGCGCUGGGCCUCGUCUACCUCUGCCUGCAGCGCAGACUGAGAGGAAAACUUCGGGCAGAGAUAGAGAAUCUCCACCGGACCUUCGACCCGCACUUCCUGAGGGUGCCCUGCUGGAAGAUCACCCUGUUCACGCUGGUGCCGGUGCUCGGACCCCUGCUUGCCCUGGUCAUCUGCUACAACUGGCUGCAUCGGAGACUGGCAGGGCAAUUUCUUGAAGAGCUAAGAAACCCCUUCUGAGCCUGGCUGGUUCACGGACAGACUGGCCCUCGACGUGCAGAACCCCCCACAUUGCACACUCACUGGCCUCCUCUUGGCACGGACCUUCCAAUCUGCAUUUGCAGGAAUGCUGGGAGUUCUCAAAGGGAUUGCAUCUCCUUCCGUCACUGGCCUUCUCUGUCCCCAUCUCUUGCUGCCUUCAUCUCUCCUGCCCUGUUGUCCAUCUGGAAGCCCCUCUGGUCACAGCCAGGUGGCACUCCUCUCCCCGAUGACACCUGAGCUGACAGUGACAUGGCAGCAGGCUCUCGGCCGCGGACUGUGACCAGGGCACCCCUGCUGCACAGUCCAGCGUGCUAACCUCGAAAACGCUGGUUGUUUCUGCCCAAGGUGCCAGUCCUGAGGGGCAGGGCUGAGGGAAGGGGCAGGGAGAGUCCAAACCAUCAGAGCCGAGUGAGCUGCAGGGAGACCCUGGGGAGCCUGGAUGUGGCCCGAAGCCUGCGGAGGAGGCCACACGCCGGUCCCCACGCUCGCCCAGCCCCCUCCUCCUCCAGCCCUGCCCUCCUGUCCAUCAGAACCUCCACUGUUUUCUGCAACCAUUACUAUUUGAUGGUGUAUCAGACACAAAGAAACAAGCCAGGUGCUAAGUAAUAAUAAUACAAGUUUCCGUGAACCAC